GAAAAAGAAACUGAAGUGUAGUUGAGCUGUUGUGUGUUUGUGUCUCUGUAUUCAUUCAGUAAAAUGGCAGAAGCCAGAAUUUCAAUGGAUCAGGAUGAGUUCUUGUGUCCAGUGUGUCUGGAUCUCCUGAAAGAUCCAGUGGCUAUUCCCUGUGGACACAGUUACUGUAAGAUCUGUAUUACAGACUGCUGGGAUCAGGAGGAUCAGAAUCAGGAGGAUCAGAAGAGAGUCUACAGCUGUCCUCAGUGCAGACAGACCUUCAGUCCAAGACCUGCUUUAGCUAGAAACACCAUGCUGACUGAAGUGGUGGAGAAACUGAAGAAGACCAGACUCUCUGCUGACUGUUACGCUGGAGCUGGAGAUGUGCAAUGUGACGUCUGUACUGGAAGAAAAUACAAAGCCCUCAAGUCCUGUCUGGUGUGUCUGGACUCUUACUGUCAGAAUCACCUCGAACAACAUGAGAGUUGGUUUAAAGGAAAGAAACACAAUCUGACUGAUGCUACUGGACGACUGCAGGAGAUGAUCUGCCAGAAACAUGAGAAGAUCCUCGAGGUUUUCUGUCGCACUGAUCAGAAGUGUAUUUGUGUGCUGUGUACGAUGGAUGACCAUAAAAACCACGACACUGUAUCAGCUGCAGCACAGAGGACAGAGAAACAGAAGCAGCUGAAGGAGACACAGAAGACGCUCCAGCAGAGAAUCCAGCAGAGAGAGAAAGAUCUCCAGCAGCUGAGAGAGACUGUGGAGUCUCAUAAGCGCUCUGCACAGACAGCAGUGGAGGACAGUGAGAGGAUCUUUACUGAGCUCAUCCGCUCCAUUGAGAGAAGCCGCUCUGAGCUGAUUCAACUGAUCAGAGAUCAGGAAAAGACUGCAGUGAGUCGAGCUGAAGAACGACUGGAGCGACUGGAGCAGGAGAUCAAUGAUCUGAGGAGGAGAGACGCUGAGCUGGAGCAGCUUUCACACACACAGGAUCACAUCCAGUUCCUGCAGAGUUUCCAGUCUCUCUCAGCACCUCCUGAAUCUACAGAUGUAAAUGAUGAUCUCUUCAAUUCUCUCUUCUCUUUUGAUGAUCUGAGAGAAUCUGUCCAUCAGCUGAGAGACAAACUGGAGGAUUUCUGCAAAGAGGAGCUCAAGAAGAUUUCAGACAGAGCUGGGGUGUAUUACCAUGCUCUGUCCCAGUUCACGCCCCCUUUUGCCCUGGCGCCCAUCAUCAUGAACCCCGCCCCCCAGCAGCUGAAGGCCCCACCCCCUCAUGUUCAGCAAGCCCCGCCCAGAAGGAAACGCAGGCAGCUCAGGAUCAGAGACCCUAAUCAGGGAGGACGUGACAUCACAGAAGAGCUCAUGUCAGGACAUCCCAGUGGCUUCACACUUCCACCUCCACAGUUGAGCUGUUGUGUGUUUGUGUCUCUGUAUUCAUGCAGUAAAAUGGCAGAAGCCAGAGUUUCUCAGGAUGAGUUCUUGUGUCCAGUGUGUCUGGAUCUCCUGAAAGAUCCAGUGGCUAUUCCCUGUGGACACAGUUACUGUAAGAUCUGUAUUACAGACUGCUGGGAUCAGGAGGAUCAGAAGAGAGUCUACAGCUGUCCUCAGUGCAGACAGACCUUCAGUCCAAGACCUGCUUUAGCUAGAAACACCAUGCUGGCUGAAGUGGUGGAGAAACUGAAGAAGAUUAGACUCUCUGCUGACUGUUACGCUGGAGCUGGAGAUGUGCAAUGUGACGUCUGUACUGGAAGAAAAUACAAAGCCGUCAAGUCCUGUCUAAUGUGUCUGAACUCUUACUGUCAGAAUCACCUCGAACAACAUGAGAGUUGGUUUAAUGGAAAGAAACACAAUCUGACUGAUGCCACUGGACGACUGCAGGAGAUGAUCUGCCAGAAACAUGAGAAGAUCCUCGAGGUUUUCUGUCGCACUGACCAGGAAUGUAUAUGUGUGCUGUGUACAAUUAAUGAACAUAAGAACCAUGACACUGUAUCAGCUGCAGCACAGAGGACAGAGAAACAGAAGCAGCUGAAGGAGACGCAGAAGACGCUCCAGCAGAGAAUCCAGCAGAGAGAGAAAGAUCUUCAGCAGCUGAGAGAGACUGUGGAGUCUCAUAAGCGCUCUGCACAGACAGCAGUGGAGGACAGUGAGAGGAUCUUUACUGAGCUCAUCCGCUCCAUUGAGAGAAGCCGCUCUGAGCUGAUUCAACUGAUCAGAGAUCAGGAAAAGACUGCAGUGAGUCGAGCUGAAGAACGACUGGAGCGACUGGAGCAGGAGAUCAAUGAUCUGAGGAGGAGAGACGCUGAGCUGGAGCAGCUUUCACACACACAGGAUCACAUCCAGUUCCUGCAGAGUUUCCAGUCUCUCUCAGCACCUCCUGAAUCUACAGAUGUAAAUGAUGAUCUCUUCAGUUCUCUCGUCACUUUUGAUGAUCUGAGAGAAUCUGUCCAUCAGCUGAGAGACAAACUGGAGGAUUUCUGUAAAGAGGAGCUCAAGAAGAUCUCAGACAGAGUCACAUUCACCAACAUUGUUCCCAGAACCAGGAACGACUUCCUACAAUAUUCCCGUCAGCUCACUCUGGAUCCAAACACAGUGAAUAAUUACAUCUGUCUGUCUGAGAGCAACAGAGUGAUUACUGUUGGUAACAGGCCCCAGUACUAUCCUGAUCAUCCAGAGAGAUUUGAUGUGAAUCAGGUGUUGUGUAGAGAGAGUGUGUAUGGACGCUGUUACUGGGAGAUUGAGUGGAGUGGAAGUGUGUUUAUAUCAGUGUCAUAUAAGAGCAUCAGCAGGAAGGGAACAGGUCAUGAGUGUGUGUUUGGAUACAAUGAUCAGUCCUGGAAUUUGGACUGCUCUCCCUCCAGUUACUUAUUCAGACACAAUAACAUAAAGACUGAUCUCUCUGUGAAGUACUUCAGCAGUAGAAUAGGAGUGUUUGUGGAUCACAGUGCAGGAACUCUGUCCUUCUACAGCGUCUCUGACACAAUGAGCCUCAUCCACACAGUCCAGACCACAUUCACUCAGACGCUCUAUCCUGGGUUUUAUGUUGGUUCUAUUGAAUCAUCAGUAAAACUGUGUUGGUGAAUAAGAAUAGACUGACAAGAUUCUACCCAUAAUGCUUUGAGCUGCAUGAUGAAUCAGUAACAGUCUCUUUUCUCAUUAAGGGGUCGUACACAUAUCUCGUCUUUUGCGUGCUCAAGUUCCUUAUUUCAAAUGUUCUUGUUUCUUCAGGCGAUGAACAGAACAGCUGAUCAUUACAGAUUAUGAUUAUUUUUCUUUCUUGCUUUCUCAGUUGUUUUUCUCACAAUGAUUGUUUGAUGUUUAUAACACAAUGCCUGUGAGUCUACUGUUGCUAUAGUAACAAACCCUACCGCGUGCUCUUAGACUAUAUGUUGUGAUAUUUCAGACACAUUUGCUUCACGGAGUAAGAAGCUCUACAAUAAACAAAUAUAUGCUCA